AUGACAUUGACAGAACAACCAUCAACACGAAUGGUUGUCUUUCAUAAUGUCGUGUUUAAAAAUGACAAUGGUUGUGAUAAUGAUAAUGGUAUGAUUUCCGUUGGAUUACCAAUUAAAAAACAAGCACAACGUGUAGAAAGAUCAAGUGUUUUUGAACGUUUAUCAAAGCGUCUUUCAAAUAUCUCUCAUUCAACAGCUCCUAAUGAAACUCCUCCUCCACCAUUGAAAUCUUCAUCACAACCAGCAACAUUUGUUUUAUCACCACCAUUAUCAUCUUUCGAACGACAAAAUUCUUCCGAAUCAGAUUUAAGUUUAUCGAAAUUAGAUAUAACUGAUGAAUAUUCUGGUAUAGGAGGAGGAAAUGAAUCAUUAAAUACAUCUCAACAAACAAGUGAAUUAGAUAUAGCAGGAAGAAAAACAUCUGGUUCAACAACUAGUCAUAGAUUUACUGAUUCAUUUCGAAAUAUUUAUUCACGUUUUUCACAAAAACGUUCAAUAACGAAAACAAAUACAUCAACAUCAUCAUUUGGUAAACAUGAUACAACAACAAAGAAGAAUGAAAACAAUAUUCGAUUACAACUUUCAUUUCAAUAUAAUAAUCAUCGAAAAGAAUUUCUUGUUACGGUACACGGUGCUAGAGAUCUUAAUAUACAACAAGGAUCGUUUGCUUGUCAAUUAUCCAUGCAAUAUGGACGAGAUUCAUUAUCAAAAGAACAAAAAUGUACAAAACCACAGACAUGUUCUUCUGGUAUUUGUAUAUGGAAUCAACGUUUAACAUUUUUUGACAUUGAUACACUGAAUAAUUUAUCCUUAUGGAUAAAAUUAGUUGAUCUUGAUCGUAAUCAAGAAGUCCUUGGCGAGAAUUGUAUUGCAUUAAAUGAUACACAUAUAAAUCUUAAUGGAUUACCCGAAUGGUAUAACUUAACACCUAAAUAUUCAUCUUCACAUCGAUUAUCAACAAAGAAUUUCACUCGAAAUGAUAGUAAUACAUCUGAAAUUGAACAACAGAAAUCACCAUCAAAUCGCGUUCUUCCAACUAUCAAUACAAAUAAUGAAUUAUUACCAACAAUGAUUGACACGACACAAACAAGUAAUCGUAAAAGACAAUUGCCAAAUAUUCCUGCAGCUCAAUUACAUGCAAAUAGAGAAAAAGUCUCCCAAGAUUUAAUUCAAAAAGCAACACAAUUAAAAUUACGGCUUCAUAUGCAACAACAGCAACAACAACGGACAUUAAAUGAAACAAAUCAAUAUGAAAAACGACAAAUGUAUGAAGAUCGUAUACAAAUAUUUAAUAAUGAAGUUAAUCAAAUUCCUACGCCAUCAAAUAAUCAACGUUCAACAUUUCAAUCAAGUAAAUCUAUUGAUACUGAUUCACCACAUCUACAUCAAACACCAUUAAUAACUAAACCAUAUGAAUCAAUGACAAAUUUAACACAAAAAACUUUACCACAUACAACUAUGAUAAAUUCAGGUUUAAAAGAAAAAACACUUUCACGACCACGUAUACCAAUUAUAAGAGAUAAAAGUGCACCAAAUACUUCAUAUCUUAAUCCAAUAUCAACAAGACGAACAACAUCAGCUGGACAACAUCGAAUUGAUUUAGGAAAAACGAAAUUAAAAUCAUUUGAAGAAAAAUAUCAAAAAAAUCUUAGGAAAAGAGAACCUUCUGAAACUCCCGGUGAUGAUGUGGAUUCAGAUGGAUCAGAAUUAUCAACUGUUUCAAAAAUUAGUUCAGUUAGUAUGUUAUCAACACAAUCAGAACGACCACGAAAUGCUCGAAAACAAGUUGUACAAACACGUGUUAAUGAUCAUCAUCAUCAAUUUCAUCGUGAAGAUGAAGUACAAUUAAAUGAAGAAGAACUUCGACAAAUGGCUAUGCGUACACAUGAUACAGUGACAACUACUCCAAUAACAAGUACUACCACAACAACAACAACGACAACAGCAGGUGCAGCAACGACUACAACAACAAAAGAUAAUCUAGUAUCGUCAUCUACAACAGCGACUGGUGAUAAAAUUAUUAAUAUAGGUGGAACAACUAAAACUGAUCCACGUAAUGAUGGCACAUUAUCAGAUUCUGUUUUGAGUUCACAAGGUGAACCAAACAAGAAACGACGACCAUCGAUGUCAUCGAAAGCACUUGUCAUACUUGGAUUAUCAAAAAAGACGAAUAGUGCAUCUAAUCUUGGCUAUGGAAAACGAUUUGGUUUUCAACGUAGCGAAGAAAUAGGUGUACAACCUCAUUUACGUAGUAGAACAUUACAAAGACAAACUAGUAAAGAAAAUGAAACACCAUCAAGUGCACCACCUCUAGAUUCAACACAAUCACCACUUGUAUUAUCUCAUCAUCGUGAUCAAUGUCAUUCGAUGCCACACGAUAUGAAACUAUGGUCCGGUGGUCUUAAAUUACCACAUGAACAUCAAUUUGCUGAUUUUAUUGACAAUCUAGGUACUGGACAAUUAGUUGGCCGACAAGUUCUUGCUUCUCCAUGUCAUGGUGAAAUUCAAGUUAGUCUUCGUGAUCAGCAUGGUUUAUUAGAAGUUGAAAUAGUUCGAGCACGAAAUUUACUACAAAAAUCUCUCUAUAAAAUGCCACCUGCUCCAUAUGUAAAAGUUUAUUUACUUGAUGGAAAAACUUGUGUUGAAAAACAACGUACACGAACGACUCGUCGAACACUUGAUCCAUUAAUACAACAAACACUUGUUUUUAAAGAAAGUUAUCGAGAUAAAGUUUUACAGAUUGGUGUUUGGGGUGAUUAUGGAAAAUUAGAUCGAAAAGUGUUUAUGGGCGUAUGUCAAAUAAAUUUAGAGGAUCUUCGUUUAAUAAGUUCUGCAGCUCAAGUACUUGAUUGGUAUAAAUUAUUUUCCGCUAAUUCUCUAAUGAAUAAUUAUACGAUUGUCCAACAAUCUCCGAAACGAAGAACUUCUAUAGCAACAAAUGAUUCUUUUAAUUCAUUCAAAACUAACUCUAGAUCUUGA